AUGUAACUUGCAAAAAAAACAAAAAAACAUUGAGUACAGUAUUCAAGCUUAAUUAAUCAACUUUACAGAAUCCUUAGGCUGCCUGAGGUAACCCAUCAUCACUUCCUUCUAUUGGCACAACUCUUCAGCUAUGCUAGGUAGAUUUUUUAAAUCAUCAGCCCACCCAGAGCCUCCUCAGAGUGAGUCUGACACUUUGACAGAACCAUGGAGGAAGAUACCAUGGGGCCGCAAAGAGAGAGACCUGCAGGUUGUGAGAGAUUAUGAGCCUCAUAAUGAGGAGCUCGAACAGCUCAGAAUCUUGCUUCAUGGACCAACCGGUUCUGGAAAAUCCAGUUUCAUCAACUCUGUCGACACCCUUUUACAAGGCAGAAUGACUUGUCAGGCUUUGGAAGACGCAGUCUCUCAGGAGACCUUCACCAAAGAAUACAGAACUUUCAAGAUCCAAAAAGAUGGGCCAGAGACAAUGUACCCCUUUGUCUUCACUGACAUAAUGGGCCUUGAGAAGGAAACUAACCAAGGAGUCGGUGUGCAGGACCUCAAACUGGCCAUGAAAGGACACAUAAAAGACGGUUACAAUUUCAAUCCUGUCUCGGCGAUAUCUGAGGACGAUAAUUACUACAACAAAGCCCCGACUCUGAAGGACCGAGUUCAUGUUCUGGUUUGUGUCAUCCCUGCUCCUUCUGUAAAUAUACAGAGCGCUGAAACUGUGGCAAAGAUGAGGGAGGUCCGACUUGCAGCCAGAGAUUUAGGGAUUCCCCAACUGGCUGUUCUCACCAAAAUUGACGAAGCCUGUCCAGCGGUCAAAGAAGAUAUAAGAAAUGUAUAUAUGAGCAAGUACCUGAAGAGCCAGAUGGAGCUGUUCAGUGAAUCACUGGGCAUACCAGUGAAAUGCAUCUUUCCUGUAAAGAACUACCACUCAGAGAUCGACCCGGAUGACGACACUGACACACUGAUACUGAGCGCAUUGAAACACAUGAUUAACUUAGGAGAAGACUUUGUCAACCGGCGGUAGACCUGCAGUGCAUACUGCAAAGUCUUCUCUGUCACAGCAUGAAACAGAGAUGGAUAGCAGAUAGGAAUGUGCGUGGUAAAGAAAACAGGUGGAAAAUAUUAGUUACGGGUUUGCAUUUGUGGCAUUUGGUAACUACUGUAAGUUAUCUUAUAACCUCUUGUGUAUUUUUGUUGCUAAACAAACCUGCUUAAUAAAGCAGGCAUGUAUCACUCUCAUUAUGCAUGUUAGUCUUUGCUUCAAUAUUGUUACUUAUGCCUUAUUGAUUUAGCUGUUUUUUUAGUGUUAGAGUCUGGUAAUCACUUAUUGUUUGCUAAGAAUGUGUUAAUUAUUUUCAUGAAUGUUAUGGUAAAGCUGAACUAUGUAGUUUUGGUGCGGGUGCUUGUUUUGAUUAGAAGAGAAAGAUCUUCAUUGACUGUCUAAACAAACUAAAUAAAAAAAAAACUACUGUGAAUCUACAAUUUCACAACUUAAUACUUCAGUUUGCUUUGCUUAUAUGUGGCGGACCCUGCCACCGUUGAAACUUCAAAUAGUGUUCUGAUGACCAUAUUUUCCCCUGAGAAUAGCUUGUUUAUUCACCUCAUUAAUAUUCUAAAUAUCAAAAUUAUAAGUUUGAAUUUCUUCUCCAAAAAUUCACAGUUCUCCUUUAAGCAACACAAUGUAUUCCAUUAAUGAUAAUAAAUAAAAAUACAAGAUUG